AUAGCUACCGCGGGCGGUGGCGGCCAUCUUGGCGGCGGCGGCGGGGCGAUGAGCGGCUCCAAGGCGAGGGCGGCGGCGGCGGCGGGGCCGGAGAAGAAGCCGCCGCCGAGCACCGGGGGAGCCCUCAGCCGCCUGCGGGGCCGCCGAGGCUCGGGGGACGCGGCGCCGCGGCCGGGGACGCUGUGGACCGAAUCCGAACUGCUGGCGCUGGAGACCGUCCGGCCCGAGCACGUCCUGGGGCUGUGCCGGGUGACGGAGAAUUAUUUAUGCAAACCUGAGGACAACAUUUACAACAUUGACUUCACCAGGUUCAAGAUCCGGGACCUCGAGACUGGAACAGUGCUGUUUGAAAUUGCGAAGCCUUCUGCUUCAGAGCAAGACGAUGAGGGUGAAGAUGACAACAGUGAACUUGAUGCUAGUGCAGGCCGCUUUGUUCGUUACCAGUUCACCCCAGCGUUUCUUCGUCUUCGGACUGUUGGUGCAACAGUGGAAUUUACAGUGGGAGAAAAGCCAGUGUCAAACUUUCGAAUGAUUGAGAGACAUUACUUCCGAGAUCGCUUGCUGAAGAACUUUGACUUUGAUUUUGGCUUCUGCAUCCCCAGUAGCAGGAACACAUGCGAACACAUCUAUGAAUUCCCUCAGCUCUCAGAAGACCUUACGCUGCCCUGGGUCGGGCUGCGGCGGCUGCACACGGUGUACCAGAGCGUGGAGCUGCCCGAGACGCACCUGAUGCUGCGCCAGACGUGCCGCGACUUCGCCGAGAAGGAGCUGAUGCCGCUGGCGGCCCAGCUGGACAAGGAGCACCGCUUCCCCGCACAGCAGGUGAAGAAGAUGGGUGGCUUAGGGCUGCUGGCUAUGGACGUGCCGGAGGAGUACAAAGGCGCAGGCCUCGACUACCUGGCCUAUUCCAUCGCGGUGGAGGAGAUCAGCAGGGGCUGCGCGUCCACGGGCGUCAUUGUCAGCGUCAACAACUCUCUGUAUUUAGGGCCAAUACUCAAGUUUGGUUCUGAAGAACAGAAGCACAAGUGGAUCGCUCCCUUCACCAGUGGGGAUAAAAUCGGAUGUUUUGCUCUUAGUGAGCCAGGAAAUGGCAGCGAUGCGGGAGCAGCAUCCACAGUGGCACGCCUGGAUGGUGACGAGUGGGUCCUGAAUGGCACCAAGGCCUGGAUCACCAACGCCUGGGACGCCUCGGCCACCGUGGUGUUUGCUACUACAGAUAAAUCCCUGAAGCACAAGGGCAUUAGCGCUUUCCUCGUUCCCAUGCCAACCCCGGGGCUGUCACUGGGGAAGAAGGAAGACAAGCUGGGCAUCCGAGCCUCUUCCACAGCCAACCUGAUCUUCGAGGACUGUCGGAUACCCAAGGCCAACCUGCUGGGGCAGCUGGGAAUGGGCUUCAAAAUCGCCAUGCAAACUCUGGAUGCAGGAAGGAUCGGCAUCGCCUCCCAGGCGCUGGGAAUAGCGCAGGCAGCCCUGGACUGUGCUGUGGAUUAUGCUGAGAAGAGGAUGGCGUUUGGGUCGCCCAUCACCAAGCUGCAGGCCAUCCAGUUUAAGCUAGCAGAUAUGGCUGUGGCCUUGGAGGGGGCGCGCUUGCUGACCUGGAGAGCUGCAAUGCUGAAAGACAAUGGGAAGCCCUUCACGAAGGAAGCAGCAAUGGCUAAGCUGGCGGCAUCAGAGGCUGCAACAAACAUCGCUCAUCAGGCCAUCCAGAUCUUGGGUGGGAUGGGCUAUGUGACAGAGAUGCCAGCAGAACGUCACUACCGCGAUGCUCGUAUCACUGAGAUCUACGAGGGGACCAGCGAGAUCCAAAGACUGGUGAUAGCAGGUCAACUGCUGAAGGCUUACCGUGGCUGAAGACCCUCAGAGCACCACGCUGCCCCAAAGUGCCUUCUAGCGGUGCACAACAGCAGUCCAGUCUUGGCCCUCAUGAAGGAGGACAAUGAUGGAAGUUUUCCUCACCAGUGAUUAACUGCCCUUCGUGUUAAAAAUGUGCUGAUUCUUCUUUGGACAAAGUAUGGUGCAUGGACGGCCCUAUCUAGGUUGGUAAGCAAUGGCCUGAGUGCAGGAGGGAGGAAGCACCCUGUGUGUAGGCGAGCACAGGCCUUUUCCUAGCAGAGCGUUUUUCUGUGGUAGCACAGCGAGUGACUUUGCUGUUCAGUAAAGUCAGCUGCGAUCCUUGUGCACUUCCCUCCUGCUUCCUUCGUGAGGCUCUGUCACACGUGGUGUGUGUGAUACCCAGCGCCAAGGUUCGAGGCACUGGGACGUGCCCUCUGUGCUGUCCCAAGCUGCAGGUUAAGCUGCCUUGGCUGCUGGAAUAAGGAAUUUCAGGUGGGGGAUGCUCUGUGGUGGGCUCCCUGUGCAGCGCAGGCCAUAGCAAGAAGUACAGCAGCAGCAGAUGCGCACUGUUCCCCACUUCCAGCAGGCGAGGAGCUAGAGGGGAGGCCACAGGUACUGCCGACACACAAAGGACUCUGACACAGGCUGUGAUGCUGCGUGUGUGGGUGUAAAAACAAAGGUAAGGAAAACAAAAACCCAUCUUGCGCAGCACAGCCCUCAGCCUGUUUGCUCAGGCCCUUAUGGCUGUAGCUGUAAAAGCAAAGUAUAGAAAAGCUGCAAUGGCUGAGACAUAUUUACAAGAAACUGACAAUAAAUGUUCCCCAGCCUGCUUUUAGUCCGCAAACAACUAUCUAACAGGAACGUGCAUGAAGUGGCAGUAACAGCCUUUAGUCUAUAAUGUAUUUUGGGCAACAACUGGGAAAUGCACAGGUGAUACAGAAAACCUUACCAAGAAGCUUUUGCAGUAGCACAUAUCCUCAACUACUUAGUCUUUGGCAAAAAAAUUGACCUUUAGACGAUGAAACAGCCGAACAAAACGCUCUAAACUCAGGAAAAGCGGGCCAGGAUUAAGACUACAACCUGUGUGGCCCACACCCUUGUCCAAACAAUGCGUACACUAGAUGUAAAUGGUUAUUUUCCUGUGGUGUCAUUUGUGUAAGUUGUGUGGCAAAUUAAAAAAAAAAGCCAAAAAACAGCAAAUUAUAUUACAUAAAAGAGAGCAGAGAAGACAAAUAAAACCUGAUUUUUUUUUUUAAAGGA